UUCGUUUUCUGAUAUAAUCUGGAGAUUUACUAGUAUGACAGUGACUUAAUGAAGAGUACAUUGAACUUAACCUAUGUGUCAAAAAGAGAUUUGCAUAUUUUGUUCGAGUUUAAAAAUCCCAAUUCGUAAUUAGGUCAAAAUAUCGUACAUUUUUUUAAGAGAAAGGGACGAAAAUUCAAAGAUGUUCUCGGCUUUCAAACGAUUGGCAGGCAAAUCCGAGGGAAAUGCAUCGCCACGACCGAAUCAUCAAUCUAUGCCCUCGAAUUUGCAGAGAAAAUUCGCAAAGGGAGUUCAGUAUAAUAUGAAAAUAAUCAUCAAGGGCGACAGGAAUGUGGGCAAGACUUGUUUGUUUCAUCGUCUUCAAGGACAAAAGUUUAUCGAGGAAUAUGUGCCAACGGAGGAGAUACAAGUGGCGAGUAUUCAGUGGAAUUAUAAAGCGACUGACGAUGUUGUCAAGGUGGAAGUUUGGGAUGUUGUUGAUCGAGGUAGAAGACGACGGAAAAUGGAGGGUUUAAAAAUGGACACGGCACCGGCUGAAAAUAUUAUCGAGGAACCGGCAUUAGACGCAGAAUUUCUCGACGUUUACAAAGGGACCAAUGGCGUUAUUAUAAUGAUGGAUAUUACGAAAUCCUGGACCUUUGAUUAUGUACAACGAGAAAUUCCGAAAAUACCAAGUCACAUACCUGUUAUCGUUCUCGGCAAUCACUGCGAUAUGUCGCAUCAUAGAACAGUUACUGCCGAUCACGUCACUUAUUUUAUUGAUACUUUACAAGGACGAUUGGCACAAGUAAGAUACGCAGAGACAUCAAUGAGAAAUGGAUUUGGUUUAAAAUUAUUGCAUAAAUUUUUCAAUCUUCCAUUUUUACAAUUACAACGCGAGACACUGUUGAAGCAAAUCGAAACGAACGAAGACGAGACACGAUUGACAAUUCAAGAAUUGGAUCUCUAUCAAGAAAGUGAUGAUGCGAAUUACAAUAAAUUUUUAGACAAUCUUGUAAAUAGACGAAGAGCUGUUGCCGAUUCGACGUCAAUGACUAACGUUGUUCCAUUAUCGUCGAGUAACAAUGCUCUAUCGUCAAGCAAUAAUGCCGCAGUCACGAAUCUCAAUCAUGAAUUAAAGAGAAGUGCAACGAUAUCGGGACCAAUUGGUGCCGGUACUCCAAUUCCGGUGAAAAAUAAUAAUGUCGAUUUAAGAACGCCGCCAAAGAAGGACAAUAAUGCAUUAAUGAAAAUAAUGUCGGAUAAUUUAAUCAAGACUUCGCCUCACCAUUCCUCGCACAACAGUACACCGAGAGAGGGUCAUAAUCCUGAAAUUAUUGGCAAUAAUCAAGAGAAACGUGAUUCGCAACAAUUACGACAACAGUCGUUCAUGUCGAAGAUAUUUGGAAAUAAGAAAGAGGAGGAUGGGGAGAAAUUGCCAAAUAUUGCUGGGAUUAAUUUAAAUUCACCAUUGACGAGCGUCGAGGAUUUCGUUCCUGACGAUGAUGUGCUGGACAAGUCCUUCUUGGAGGAGGGCUGCCAAGGUGGGCAACAGUCACAAUCAGAGCACGUCGAUUCCGACAGCGAUACAGAAACUGCGAAUCCGUUGGUGGCCGGUUUUGAGGACGAUUUAUCGUCAGCCGACGAGUCACCAACACCAGUGCAAUUGAAACUGACGGAAAAUCCAUUGAGUAAAUCGAGACACAAACGUGAAUUACAGGGAGCUGAAUCGAGUCAGGAAAUUUCGCAAAUACAAAAAAGUGACUCUGUGUCUUCCAUUGAGCACGACUUUCAGGGUUCAAGUGAAUUCGAUUUGAAUAAUCGACAAGAUUCGGAUACUUAUGAUAGUUGGCUGGGAAGGGAUUCGAAAUGGCGACAGAGUCCAGAAGGCGGGGAGGAUGUCAGCAGUAAUAGCACGAGGAAAGAUAGACUCGAAUUUAGUGACAAAAGUCGCGAUGUCAGUAUGACAAGUUCUAAUGUUCAUCUUGAACUUCUUGAUACUUCCAGUGUAAGACAAUUGAGUUCGAAUGGCAGCAGUCCCGUUUUAAAGGAGAAGAAGAAACACAAGGAGAAGAACGAGGACAGAGAAAAGAAAAAGAAGAAAAAAUCCAAGGAUAAAGACAAGGAGAAAGAGAGGGAAAAAUCCGAGAAGAAGAAAAAAAGGCGAUCAUUACAAAAAUCAAAGGAGGAAAAUCGUGAACGAGAUGAACUCGAAGAAUUUUUAAACGGUUCUGUAACGAGGGUAAAUGUUGAUAUGGCAUAUGAGGCCAUAUGAAAGCGAAUUGUCUCUCUUCAUUUGGCUUAAUAUGCUUCUUUUGAUGUCUAUGAAAUUUCUCUCAAGACUUUAAAAAUCUCGUUACUAUAACGAUAGUUAGAAAAAGUAAUUUAUUAAAGAAAACAAAAAGCGUUAUAUGUAUAAAUAUUGUGAACUCAUAAAUAGAAUUUUCUCCUUUCGGAAUAUUCAACUUUUGAAGAAUUUUAAAUGUGUACACUCAAAAGCUCGCUCAAAAGAAAUGUCAUUCUAUUUGAAUAUUUCACUUUUUCCAAACAAAAAGUGGUAUUUACAAAAUUAAUGAAUGUAAUUCAAAGAAAUUUUGAUUAAAUUCGCAAAACAUAUUUCAUUUUUUAAUUUAGGUUUGAAAGUAUU